UUGAAAAUGAAAUCAUCCCUGGGGACAUGAUUGAAUGGAAAUAACUGUUUAAGUUUGACAGCUUCAUAAAAGUAACCCGAGGACAUCACCUCUACGUCAAUUGUGUUCUGGCUACUUCCGACAGCACAAAGGACGAACUGCCCCCCGUUUUUAAUGCGUACCUUCUAAACUGGAUUUUACGGAUAUUAUUUUGCAGUUUGACUCAAGUGCACAUUAAGAACAGCCACAAGACAGCAGAGCAUCUGCCAACACACAUACUCUCCUGUGGAGAUAACAUUCACAGCAGUAGCUACUGCGUUUAGACAUGCCCAUUUUAGUGGUAAAAAUAAUUCCACGCUGUACGAGACCAACACUAAACGGACAGCAGUUACUUCAAUUUUACACUGAGUGGGUGAUGUUGCUGUGAUGAGGAUGCGCUUUCCUCUGAAGAAAAUCCGCAAGCAGUUCAAACUCCUUCUGCUACUCAUCUUGGUCAUGUUUGUAAUUGGGUUCACAUAUUUUCACAUCAACCAAGGGAAAGCCAUUAAACUCCACUUCAACUAUGGUAAAGAUAUGGAGAAGCAGGCAGAUGGGAUGGUAUCCAGUCAUAAGAAACACCCUCCCUCAUCACUCAUCCCAUCUGAGCACAAUAAGGAUGUUGGCAGUCAGGAAGAGGGUUGGGGGGGGGAAGAGCUCGGUGAGUCUGCUCAGGAGAGCACUGCCAACACAGAGAUGCACAGACUCCUCAGCCAAAAGUUCUUCAGGUUGCCAUGGAAACCAGAGUAUAAAGGUCAGGCCAAUCUGCAUGUGUUUGAAGACUGGUGUGGCUCAUCUGUCUCCCAACUCAGGAAGAAUCUUCAUUUCCCACUCUAUCCACAUACCAGGACCACAGUGAAGAAAAUUGCAGUGGCUCCAAAGUGGAAGAAUUAUGGCCUUAGAAUCUUUGGAUUCAUUCAUCCUUAUAAAGAUGGGGAUUUCCAGUUUGCCAUUGCAUCAGAGGACAACUCUGAACUGUGGCUAAGCUCAGAUGAGAAUCCGCUCAAUGCCAGGCUGCUGGUGUAUGUAGGACAGCAUGGCUUGGAAUGGACGGCUCCAGGAGAGUUCAGCAAAUUCAGAUCCCAAACUUCCAAACCUGUGCGUCUCAUGUCCUCACGGCGAUACUACUUUGAAGUUUUGCACAAGCAAGAUGACAGAGGUUCAGACCACGUGGAGGUGGGGUGGAGACCAUUCCUGCCCGGGUUGAAGUAUGACGUUAUUGACUCAGCUUAUAUCUCUUUGUACACAGAUGAAUCUAGCUUGAAGAUGAACAGUGUAAGGCACAUCCCACAGACACAGGCCAGUCACACUCUCGCUCUGCAUGUUAAACACAGGACAGGGAUACAUACUGCAGAUAUGCUCAAAGCAGACCCACGAGACACCGUCUACAAGGUUCCCAUGAUAGACCAGUCCAGGCUGGAGAAUGUUCUACCAUCUUGUGUUUACUCUCCUACAUACGUGGUAAAGGACUUCCCUAUUGCACGUUAUCAAGGCCUGCAGUUUGUCUACCUGUCCUAUGUAUACCCCAAUGACUUCACCAGACUUACUCAUAUGGAAAAAAAGAACAAAUGCUUCUACCGUGAGUCUCCUGUCUACUUAGAAAAAUUUGGCUUCUAUAAGUACAUGAAGAUGGAUGAGGAGGAAGAUGACCAGCCCAUUUUCUUCCACAAACCUGAUGAUUUUCUGGAGGAGGAAGAGGGUGUCGACCCAGAGGAGACAAUCAAUUUCAGCAACCAGCCUGGCAGGAAGACAGUGUAUACUAGCCCACCCUAUCAAACUUCAAGGAUUACAGCUACCACUGCCUCUUCAAAGGCUGAUCGAAUAGACAAGGGUUCAAAAAGUUAUGUCUCUCAGCAAGGGAGGCAGUACAUUCUAUUAAAAGGGCAAGAAGAGAGUAAAAAAAAAAGAGGGGACAUUUUUCAUCAAAACACUCUGGUGCAAGUGGUGGAUGAUGAAAUGACAAAUACAAGACAUAUAGAAAAAGAAAAAGGUAGCGCAGGUGCCCUAGAGUCUCAGAGUGGAGCUUUAAAUGAACAGAUGGAGCAUGGUGGUUCCCAAACACCUGCACUUAUUCAAAGAGGGCGUUCAUUAACAUGGCUACUCCCUGACCCAGGAUUGUCAACUAAGAGAAAACAUCCACAAAUGUCCCCUCUUUAUGUGUUGGCUAAUAGGAUUUUAAGUAAUGCAGGCAACCAUGUUGUUGUUGUUGGGACGAAUGUGGAAAAAGAGACAAAUACCAACACAAUUUACUUCAAUAGAACCCACCCACCAAGAAGCAGACCAAAAAGUGUACCGAUACCGCCAGUGGAAGUGUUCCCUGGUGUCUUCAUUUAUCAAUCUAGAAAAUCCAAGCGGCUUAUGGAUUUAAGUUCAAAAUGGAGGUCCUUAAAAACACAAGCCACAGCUUCUCUCAUCUGGCCCAAUGCCCACCUAAUGGCCCAUAAGACUUUUACCCAACCUACUCUAUUAAAGCACAGUCAUCCGUUCUUGCCUACGGAGCCUGGACCUUAUUAUAAGGGCAACCCUACCACCUCCAUAUCAGAUCCAAACAACUUUUCCCUGUCAAGCCAAGAAAAGAGAGACCACCCUGGGCUAAACUCAUCUGAGAACAACCAAUCUCUGAAGGUGCAGACAACAAAAAUCUCCAAGAUGCCAGAGGGUUCAGACAUGGCUCAGCAGGGUAGGGGUCUUGAUGAAGGAGAGAUGUCAGAUACCAGUUAUGAGGAGGUAGAACUGAGGCCAAGCUUGAUGGAGGAGGCCAUUAACUGGCAGCGAACGUUCAGCGUGAACCCUGUGGACUUUGAGCUGCUAAGGUCAGACUGGAAUGACCUGAGAUGUAAUGUCUCGGGGAAUCUGCAGCUUGCGGAGAAUGAGGUUGUUGAUGUGAUCUCACAGUACAUGGAGAGGCUGAAUGAACGGAAUGGAGGGAACUACACUCUUAUCCAUAUUGUAAAUGUAGAAAAGCGGAGAGAUUCAGCCAGGGGCAACCGUUAUUUGGUGGAGCUGCUUUUGAUGGAGGGAGGGAAGAGAGUUGUGCGUCUGUCUGAGUACAUCUAUCUCCUGUUGCACCGCAGUCGACAUGAGGACGGAAUUGAGAGUAGAGAAGGAACCAUGGCCUCAUCACACCAUACACCCUCCAAAACCCUACCACCCAGUGGCUCCAGUACCCCAAACCAUACCAACUCAACCCGGAGCACCAGUUGGAACAAGCCCUUGCUCUGCCAGCCAGCCAUGUUACAGUGGAGGCAUGACGUGAUGGUACACUUUGUUGUGCCAGUAAAGAAUCAGGCUCGCUGGGUGCAGCAGUUUAUCUCCGAUAUGGAGCUUCUGCACCAUGAAACCAAGGAUGAGAAUUUUAAUAUGAUCAUUGUGGACUUCCAUAGCGAUGACAUGGAUGUGGAGCAGGCACUGAAGGAGAGCACUGUUCCCAGGUAUGAGUAUUUGAAACGUGAAGGGAACUUUGAGAGAUCCUCCGGGUUACAGUUGGGUGUGAAUAUUAUAGAGGACAAUCACAGCAUAGUGUUCCUAUGUGACUUGCACAUUCACUUCCCUCACAACAUCCUGGAGACCAUUAGGAAGCACUGCGUGGAAGGCAGGCUGGCAUUCGCACCCAUAGUCAUGAGACUGGACUGUGGAAGUUCACCUCUGGAGCCUGAUGGCUAUUGGGAAGUGAAUGGCUUUGGCUUGUUGGGGAUUUAUAAGUCCGAUUUUGAUAAAAUUGGUGGUAUGAACACAGAGGAGUUCAAAGACCGCUGGGGAGGAGAAGACUGGGAGCUGUUGGACAGGGUUCUGCAGAAUGGACUAGAGGUAGAGAGACUGAGAUUAAGGAACUUUUACCACUAUUUCCACUCUAAGCGGGGCAUGUGGAACACUCCUAUUAAAAGACCACCUCAAGGAUAACAGAACACAAAGGACCAUGCUGUUGCUAUUGACUGACUUUGCACUUGCAGUGGCCAUUUCUGCCCCAGAUGAUACACUGUUACAGGGCUUGCCACACUGUGUCUGAUAUAAGAGCUGGUGUUUGAUGAACAAGUUUCUCUUAAAGGAAUAUUCCGGAUUAAAUUAAACAACAUUUGUGGCAAAAUGUUGAUUACCACAAAAAAUAUAUAUAUAUUUACAUGGAAGUCAAUGGGGCCAAUUCGUAAAUGUUAAAAUACUCUCUGCAUUUCAAAAGUAUAGUGCUUUAUAAAAUUAUAAUCUGUACAUUUCUGUCUUUAAACCCACCAAAAAUUUCCCCCAUUCACUGCCGUUGUAAGUGCCUCACUUUAUCUUUGAUUUUUGCUUCUUUUUUUUUCUUUUUUAAGAAAAGGGGACAAUUUUUAUUUAUUCUUUUAUUUAUUUUUUUGCGCUCAUCAACAUUAUGCCACAAAUGCUGUGGAUUGAGCUUAACUAUGAUUGAACCCAGAAUAUUUCCUUUAAGGACUUUGUCAAAGUUGAGUCAACUUUGAAUUGAUGGAUAAAAUAUGAACCUUUGAGAACACCAAAAGAAUGCUUGGACAAUUUAAGGCACUUGUGCAAAAGACUUUAAUAAUGCCUUGCCAAUCUUUGAAAAGGAUGUGAGCAGAGAGGAUUGUCCAAAACACUGUAGAUUGUCUCCCUUUAUUUCAUACUCACUGAGUAGUUUUUAAUAGUGGAGGUUUAUUUGACGUACUUAUAAUGGAGGGUGCCAAAAUGUACAGAAUACUAGAAUAAAAUUUUUAAUUAAAUAAGUUGUGAUGAUGGCUAAUUUCUGUGAAAUUGUUUG